CGGCAGGACGUGGUACUACAUGAGGACUGCGUGGAAUCCCGUCUGGCCAGCCUGUGACCUUAUAAUCAUCGACCAGUCCUAUGUCAUGUUGAUUCACCAACCCCAGACCCGCACGGUACCACAUCAGCAGUCGCGGACCGUUGCACAUAACUACCUGUGAAUUGCUUUAUGCCGAUGAACAACUUCAGGCUCCCCGCCCUAGACGUGUCCGGCGACUUGCCAGUCGACGAAGUGAACCCAAGUCAUGUUUACGAGUCCCUCAGGUUUGAUCAGCCACAGGUGUUCGGUCUAGGAUCCUCCACGGAAGCCGCCAUGUAUCCACCGUAUGCCUUCAACACGAGCAUCGCUGACGGCGGGCAUAUAUACAACGUAUAUGACGCAGAUGUACUGGAGUUAUAUGGCGUGCAAGGUAUCGUCACGGACACGUCGGCCGCAGAAACGCCCCGAGUCGAGUCUAUGCAUAAUGUCAACAUGUUCGACGGUCAGGCCGCUAUUCCGGUGCCUCAUCAACCUGACGUGGCCGAAACGUACUCGUUGGCCGACAACGCCCAGGAAUCUUCAUCGCGUCAUGCAUCACAGCCCACGCCCGCAACCGACGAGGUGACGCACAUGACGUGCAUGUGGGAUGGGUGCGGCGCCCGUAUUCGGCUCACGAAACUCGCGAUCAAGGCCCACAUGAAGCAGACCCACCUCAAGAACGCGCGGUCCUCCGCGGACAAAGGCAAGGACAAGAUUCGCUGCGAGUGGGAUGGAUGCAGCCUCGAGGUGACCAACUUCUGGAGGCACGUAUACGAGCGACACACCCAUGUCAUGCGCAAGGUGCCGUGCGAGCAAUGCACGGAGGUGUUUACGCGGCCGGGGUCUCUGCGCAGACAUCGCCAGAGGCACCCGGCGUGUGCCCGUCCUGAAGCCACGGCGUAG